AUUCAGUUUGAUUUUACCUCUAAUAAAGAACUAUUUGUACUUGUAAUCUGAACAUACGAGAUGACUUAUCCAACCUCGUACUGAUCAGCUUUGAUGUUGGAAAACUCGAAGCUCUACCUGUUUAGUCUUAUCUCUAAUGUGUUCACUGCAACUGCAAUCACAGCCGGUCCUCAAUCUAUCCAGAACCAACUCUUACCCAACCCUCUCUAAAUCCCCAUCUUCUCUUCCCUUUUUCUCAACGUCAACCUGUAUUUUCAAGCUGAAAUUCAGGGCCUCGUCGUCUCCUGUCCAAGAAUUUCCCCCGAAUGCCCUUCGCCGGAAGAGCAAUCCCCAAUGGAGAGGAGGGUUCAGUCUAGGGGUAGACUUGGGAUUGUCCCGCACCGGCCUUGCCCUUAGCAAAGGUUUCUCUGUUCGUCCUCUCACGGUUUUGAAAUUGAGAGGACAAAAGCUUGAGCUACAGCUGCUCGAGAUAGCAGAAAAUGAGGAGGCUGAUGAAUUCAUAAUUGGGCUUCCUAAAUCUUGGGAUGGAAAGGAGACUCCUCAAUCCAACAAAGUUCGCAGCCUUGCAGGAAGGCUAGCUGUUCGAGCUGCGGAGAGGCGUUGGAGAGUGUAUCUGCAAGAUGAACAUGGAACAUCCACAGACGCUGCAUACCGAAUGAUUAACUUGGGUCUUAGCAAGUCUGUUCGCCAGAAAAGCUCUGAUGCUUAUGCUGCUGUGAUAUUACUAGAGAGAUACUUUGCCAUGUCUGGUGAGGACAUCGAAAUUGUUUUGCCAAAGCAGAUGGAUUUGCAAGAAAAACUUAGAAGGGGUGCACCACUAGACAUGGAUUUUUCCUGAGAUGAAUUUGUGGGUUGACAGGUUAACAAAAUCCUUGUUUUCUGCUUCUUGGCAAGUGACGCCGGUAACAGUUUUGUACAGACAAAGAGAUUGGAAGUCUUAUUCACUUGAACUGAUUCUUGUUUUUAGAUGUAGAGUUGAAGAACUAUAGGAUAGGAGUCCUUCACAAUUUCUAAUGUCUGUGCCUGAUAUCUGUAUAUCCUGGCAUGUAAUUCCAGCUGCUUUUUAUAACCAUAUUGGCAAAGAAAAUCCCGAGUGGUCUCUUCUUCU